CUUCUGUGGUCCUGCAGCAGCAGACUCUGUGUUACACAAUUGCCUCUCCAGCUCUCUCCCUUACUCCAGCCUUACUCACUGUCCCUAUAGCAACUCCAAGGAUGAAGACUAUACUAGAAGAGACAGGACUUCCAGAAGCAGAAGUAUCAAAACCAAAAAAGUGGAAUUCCCAAAAAUGUGCGAUUUUGGCGAUAUCCGCCUGCGUUGUUGCGGUCAUAUCACUAACGCUGCUCUUCUGUGUGAAAGAAUUUUGGAAACCGCUUCCAGAGAAGGUCUAUGACGUGGAAUACAAAUUCUUCAGCGCGGGCGAGAAGACGACGGUGUUGAUGGAAAUUGAUCCACGCAACAAAAUUGAAACUUUUCAGACGGAGAACGGCACAGACAAAGCGCUGGAGAUCCACGACUUCAAACAUGGCAUCACUGGAAUAUUCUUUGCUGAUCUCCAAAAAUGCUUCAUAAAGACGCAGCGUAAAGAAAUCCCGGAAUUUGCUGAGACUGAGCUGGUAGAACUUGAGGAAGGUGAAAUUACUACAACCAUCUAUGAACAGUCCAUUUUCUGGGUUCCUGCCCAAGAGCCGAUACAAGACCGAGAAUUCAUAAAGAAUUCCAGAAUCUCUGAAAUAUGUAACAACGCAUCUGUACAUUGGAUUUAUCCUUCGUCGGCAACAGCUCCCGAAUUUAAAGACUUUGAAGAUGAAGAGGAUGGCGGAUCUCUCUUACAUCCAAACAGACCAGAACAGAGAGAAGAUAAACGGAACAAUAAGCGCCAAGGCAGAUCGCUGACCGAGGAGGACCAGCCUGUUAACGAUUAUAGAGAAGCCGGACUGGAGUUUAACUCCAUGUGGGAUCAUCGAGGUUACUGCUGUAAUCACUGCCGCCGCGGACAGCGGUAUUGCCAGAAAGUCUGCGAGCCCAUGCUGGGGUAUUAUCCCUACCCAUACUGCUACGGGGGCGGGCGUGUGAUCUGCAGGAUCAUUAUGCCCUGUAACUGGUGGGUGGCCAGGAUGUUGGGCAGAGUUUGAUGUCAUUCUUUUAUAUUUUUAUUCUAAAAAAAAAAGAAGAAUUGCCAUCCUGUGCUUCUAAAAAUUUCUGUAAGUGCUUUGCUAAUUGUAAAAGCAGCAAUUCAAGCUAAUAUAAGGUAAAAUAGGCAAAUUUGGCU